GACUCUUUUUGUCAGUGAGUUAUCUUCCAUUGGAUUUCUCCAUGUUUGUGCCUUUGAAUAUUAUCUUUUUGCUGUUCUGCUUUGGCAUUGAGUUUUGUUUCUGUUUGAUCUAAAAUGAAUUCUGCAGUUAAGAUUAAUCGAUUCAUUAAGUUUCAGAAGCAAAUUUUCUGUGUCUUGUCUAGAUACUUUCUUUGAAUUAAUUCUUUAUUAUCUGUACUUCUCUGAAUUGCUGUAUCUGGCUGCAUGUGUUCUUUAACAUCUAAUUUUCUCAAACAGAACAGAAUGGAACUUGAUGAGUCAAAGAUGCUUGAUGACUGGAAAGAUCAAUUGAGGAAACAAUUGAGGAAAGAACUGAGGAAAAUCUAUAGGCGUUUGCCUAAAAAGGCUGAUUCUCUGUUGAAUGAGAGUGUGGAGUUCCAAAGCAGAGCCGUGGUGAGGGAGCUUGCUACGUGUUUGAGGGACUGGAAGAUUCUCAUGCAUAGGAUGAAAUUUCUGGUGAAGGAACAGGAAAAGAAUAAGAAGAUUUUCUGGAGUAACAGGCUUUGCUUUAAGAUGAAACCAAACUUGAGGAAUCUGUAUAUUCCAUGGACUUUACUUCAGAGGCCAUGGAAAUACAUGUUCAUCAAGAAUGAUAUUGACCUGAAGGAGAUUCAGAUCAAGAUUUACAAGAACGCAGUUCAUAAAAUGACAUCUGUGCUUCUGAAGUUGAUGAAAUUUGCCUCUAGGUUUGAAUUUCUGCAUGUGGAGUCUUAUGAGGAGUAUGUGGCUGUGAGAGUGAUGAAAAAGUUGUAUGGCUUCAAUGAAGGGAGACUCAGAUUCAUUUCCGAUUUUAGAGUCGAGGAUGGGGUUGAUGGAUUUCGUGUGGUUCCUGAGAGUGACGCUACUUUCACUGCUUCCCAUACAGGCCGCCCUUUCCUUUGAUGUUUUUCAUCUUCUCCAUCUCUGGUUGAAACAAUUUAAAGUUCAAAAGGAAGAGACGAUUAUCGGAUUUUUUACAUCGAUUCAUAAAGGCAAAUGUAAUAGAAAAUGAUGUAUACAGGACGAAAUUUCCUUGAGUUACCUAUUAUUGCUACAUUUCUGGCCUUUCAGUGAUACCUAUUGUAACUACUAUGGUUGUUUCAUGCCAUCACUAUUACGCUGAUCUUGAACAGUAUUGUUUGACUACUAUGGUUACACGGAAUGUAAAGUUUUGCUUGCACUGUAUUCCUAGU